AUGGCUCAGUGUGAAAUGGUCGACACUGAUGAUGAUGAGCUGGUUUCAUCAUAUUUUGAACUAGACCGGGCCUCGGCGCCGUCUUCCAAUAGCCCGGGAGGCUAUUGUGAUGCUGGUAGGUUAGAUGAAAACAUUUCAGGGUUUGAGCCUAUAAGGAACCGGAUUAAUGGCGCGAAUAAACUUGAGUGCGGACAGAACCUCAAGGAGAAUUACUCGGGUGGUGUUGGUUGCUAUGUAUGGCCGUCGAGUUCGCAAAUAUCUAUUUCGGAAAGCCCGCCGAUGGAAGAGGUUUUCAAAGGUCUGGGGAUCGAUCAUGAGCAGGAAGCCCGCAGAGCGGAGAUGGCGGUGACGGCGUUUUUAACAAUCGAACUGAACGAAAACCAAAAGGAUUACUUUCCUAGUAAACACUCCGGGAUAGACUGGAAGAAAGAACUUCGCCAAGUCUAUCGGCCUACAUGA